AUGGCAUUGCCCCUCUGCCUGAUCCUCGCUGUCACCCUGCAGGAUGGCCUGACCCAGGCGCCGGGACCCCUGGCGCGCCCCGGUCCCGGCCCCCUGAUCCUGCGGCUGCGGCGCCUGGAAGAGCAGUUUCUCCGGCUCCAGGAGGUGACGCUGAGCCAUCUCCAGAGCAUCGCCAGCAACUACAACAUCUCCUAUAACAUCGAUGGGCGCUUCCAGGAGCUGGCGGAGCUGGCGGAGGCGGCUGUCGCUGCCCGGGCCGCCCUGGGUGCCGAGCUGGCCCGUCUGGCCACCACUGGCCGGCGGCUGCACCGCCGGCUGAAGCGGCUGGAGGGGACAGUGAGUGCCCUGAGCCCACUGCACCGCCCGGCCGCCCACCCACCAGGUGCACCGGUGGAGACUGGCACUAAGCCACAGGGCCUGCUGGACACUGCCCGGAGCCGGGACAGCCACCUGAAGCAGGAGCCAUCGCGCCAGGCUGCCCCCAGCACCCCCAGCCCUCGGCGCCCAAAGACGAGGCGGUGGCAGCAGCGCCGGCAGGAGGAAGGGCACUGGCUGCCGGCUGAUGCCAGGCCUGGUGGAGAACCCACGGAACACGCAGAGAUCCCUCAUGAUGCAGCACCGGCACCCCAGCCCACGGCACCGGUGCUCCCCCCCGUGACUACGGUCCCCCGAGAGCAGCCCCCAGCCCUCCAGCAGCCAGAGGAGGGCAGGUACGGCCCCCUUUCCCCUGUGCCCACCUCCCCUGCCUGCCGGGCCGGUGCCGUGCUGCUCUUCCCCAACACCUCCGCGGGGCACGGGGCUGUCCUGGCGCUGGGGCCACACCGGGGGCUGCGGGCACUGUCGCUCUGCUCCUGGCUGGCCACUCCAGCCCCCCGCCUCGGUGCCCUCCUCUCCUACUCCACUCAGUUGGGCCGCAGCGAGCUGGCCCUGCGUGGCCGUGGCGGGGAUGUCCCCGGCUCCGCACGCUUCAUCCUGGGGGACGGGCAGUUCCGGGAGCUGCCGGUGCAGCCGCUCCUGGGUGGCGAGUGGCACCACCUGUGCCUCACCUGGUCCUCCAGCCAGGGCCGGUACCGCUUCUACGUGGACAGGCGGCUGCUGGCCGCCGGCUCCGGCUUCCAGCAGGGCUAUGAAAUUCCCGCUGGGGGCUCGCUGGUGCUGGGCUGGGAGCAGAACGGCCCCAGCAGGGACUUCGGCAAUUUUGUGGGUCACCUGGCUGGCUUCGCUCUCUGGAGACGGGCUCUCCUGCGGCUGCUGGCCGCCGGCUCCGGCUUCCAGCAGGGCUAUGAAAUUCCCGCUGGGGGCUCGCUGGUGCUGGGCUGGGAGCAGAACGGCCCCAGCAGGGACUUCGGCAAUUUUGUGGGUCACCUGGCUGGCUUCGCUCUCUGGAGACGGGCUCUCCUGCCCGGGGAGGUGGCCAGAAUGGCAACCGGGCGGGGGCUGCCCCGCGGCCCUCUCCUCACGCUGGGUGAUGCCUCCCUGCGGGGCGGGGUGCACAGGGUGGCGUGUCCCUGCCUCCAGCACUGCCCGUGA